AUGGCGAGAAGAAACAUCUCAAGGCAUCAAGCAUCUAGCCAAAUGCAGCGCGAGGACUCUGAGUACCAGCGUGGUCAGCAGCGCCAUGAAGGACCAGGAAUGGCGAGAGACUUGCGCAAUAAUAUCGUGCAGUCCCUGCGUCAAUCCCUGCAAGACUCGAGAGCAGAAAACCAGCAGCUUGCCUCAGAAGUCUCUGCUCUAAAGCAGCAACUAGCCGGCCGAGAGCUGGGCUGGGAGCAGGAACGUACGAAACUGCUCAGUGAAAAAGACACUCUGGCUACAAAUCUGUCCCAGGCCAAUAAAAAGACCAGUGACAUGGAGGGAGGAAAUGCAGAAUGGGAAAGCAGUCAACUUAAACAGAAGGAGGUCGCUGCUGGACAAAAACAUCUGCAGGAGGACCUGGAGAGGAAGCUGCACCAGGUCAGCCAGGAGAAGGCCAACAUGAUGGCUAUCAUCAGUGAGAAGGAGAAGGAGCUGAUGGACAGUUUCGCCAAGUUGAGCCAUAAGGAAAUCACCAUCAAGACAAACAACUCAGAGUGGAAAAAUAAAUGUGAAGCUCUGGAGAAACGUCUCUUACAGGAGGAAGCAGAAAAAAUGGCCGCAGUGGAGAAAGUACAGGAGCUGCAAAGCCAACGUCUGAAAGCAGAUCUGUCUCAGGCCAAUAAAAAAGUCUGUGACAUGAAAGAAAAUGCAAAACAGCUUCAAAAGCAGCUGUACGACCUGCGGUGGGAGAGGAAACAUAAACUGCAACAAAAGGAAGAAGAAGUUCACUCCCUGAAGCAAACUCUCCACCAGGAAGUCACUAAACAAGCUGACCAAAAACAUCUGCAGGAGGACCUGGAGACGAAGCUGCACCAGAUCAGCCAGGAGAAGGCCGACAUGACGGCUAUCAUCAGAGAGAAGGAGAAGGAGAUGAUGGACAGUUUGGCCAAGCUGAGCCAAACUGAAACCAAAGCUCUGGAGAAACUUCUCUCAGAUGAAGAGGCAGAAAAAAUGGCCAGAGAGGAGAAAGUAAAGGAGCUGCAGACAGUACGUCUGAAAGCAGAAGAUGAGCUGCUCCAGAAAGAACAACACAUGGAGGAGGAGAUCGCAAAUCUGUCUCAGGCCAAUAAAAAAAUCAGUGACAUGGAAGAAGAUGCAAAACAGCUUCAAAAGCAGCUGUACGAUCUGCGCUGGGAGACGAGUGAAAAACUGCAACAAAAGGAAGAAGAAAUUCACUCCCUGAAGCAAACUCUCCACCAGGAAGUCACUCAAUUAAAUGCAGAAUGGGAAAGCAGGCUUCUUAAACAGAAGGAGGUCGCUGCUGACCAAAAACAUCUGCAGGAGGACCUGGAGACGAAGCUGCACCAGGUCAGCCAGGAGAAGGCCAACAUGACGGCCAUCAUCAGCGAGAAGGAGACGGAGCUGAUGGACAGUUUGGCCAAGCUGAGCCAAACUGAAACGAAAUAUGAAGCUCUGGAGAAACGUCUCUUACAGGAGGAGGCAAAAAAAAUGGCCGGAGUGGAGAAAGAACAGGAGUUGCAAAGAGAACGUCUGAAAGCAGAUCUGUCUCAGGCCAAUAAAAAAAUCUGUGACAUGAAAGAAGAUACAAAACAGAUUCAAAGGCAGCUCUACGACCUGCGCUGGGAGACGAACAUAAAACUGCAACAAAAGGAAGAAGAAGUUCACUCCCUGAAGCAAACUCUCCACCAGGAAGUCACUAAACAAGCUGAACAAAAACAUCUGCAGGAGGACCUGGAGACGAAGCUGCACCAGGUCAGCCAGGAGAAGGCCGACAUGACGGCUAUCAUCAGAGAGAAGGAGAAGGAGCUGAUGGACAGUUUGGCCAAGCUGAGCCAAAUUGAAACAAAAUAUGAAGCUCUGGAGAAACUUCUCUCAGAUGAGGAAGCAGAAAAAAUGGCCGGAGUGGAGAAAGUACAGGAGCUGCAGAGAGAACGUCUGACAGCAGAUCUGUUUCAGGCCAAUAAAAAAAUCAGUGACAUGGAAGAAGAUACAAAACAGCUUCAAAAGCAGCUGUACGAUCUGUGCUUGGAGAUGAGCGACAAACUGACACAAAAGGAAGAAGAAGUUCACUCCCUGAAGCAAACUCUCCACCAGGAAGUCACUCAAUUAAAUACAGAAUUGGAAAGCAGGCUUCUUAAACAGAAGGAGGUCGCUGCUGACCAAAAACAUCUGCAGGAGGACCUGGAGACGAAGCUGCACCAGGUCAGCCAGGAGAAGGCCAACAUGACGGCUAUUAUCAGCGAGAAGGAGAAGGAGCUGAUGGACAGUAAGGCCAAGUUGAGCCAAACUGAAAGUAAAUAUGAAGGUCUGGAGAAACGUCUCUUACAGGAGGAGGCAGAAAAAAUGGCUGCAGUGGUGAAAGCACAGCUGCUACAGAGAAAACAUCUGAAAGCAGAAGAUCAGCGGCUCCAGAAUGUAAAACACAUUACAAAUCUGUCUCAGGCCAAUAAAAAAAUCUGUGAUAUGGAAGAAGAUGCAAAACAGCUUCAAAAGCAGUUUUACGACCUGCGCUGGGAGACGAGUGAAAAACUGCAACAAAAGGAAGAAGAAGUUCACUCCCUGAAGCAAACUCUCCACCAGGAAGUCACUAAACAAGUCAAUGACCAAAAACAUCUGCAGGAGGACCUUGAGACAAAGCUGCACCAGGUCAGCCAGGAGAAGGCCGACAUGACGGCCAUCAUCAGAGAGAAGGAGAAGGAGCUGAUGGACAGUUUGGCCAAGUUGAGCCAAACUGAAAGUAAAUAUGAAGCUCUGGAGAAACUUCUCUCAGAUGAAGAGGCAGAAAAAAUGGCCGGAGUGGUGAAAGCACAGGAGCUGCAGACAGAACGUCUGAAAGCAGAAGAUGAGCGGCUCCAGAAAGAACAACACAAGGAGGAAGAGAUCGAGCUCCUGAAACAGCAAAAUGCUGAACUGCAGGAGCUGGCCAAACUAACUGACAAAGAAAAGGCCAAAAUAAGAAAGAGAGAAAAGAAAGCCCAGAAAGAAAUGGAGAAAAUGCUUAAGAAAGAGAGAAAGGAGGAGGAGAAGGAGGAGAAGAAGAGACUGAAGACAGAAAAGAAAGAAAGAGACGAGAAGGACAAACAAGAAAAGAAGGAGCAGAAAGAGCACAUGCUACUGGACCAUCAGCCAUCCUGGAACAGCUUCCUGGCUGUCAGUGCCUUUCCUGAGGUUUACGAUCCAGUUCCCCAUCCUGCAGGGCGUUUCUUUCUCUGA